AUGGGCCCUGUUUGGCUCCUCCUGUUGCUGCUCACGCCCCUCCUUUCAGCACAGGUUAGCAUCGUUUCUGAAUUGGGGACUACAGCCGAGUCAGAGGACCCCACGGCGUCCGUUGUGAGUGCUACAGGUGCGUUGGGCACCCCCUCCAGCCCCGAUCCCUCGGGGUCGGUCACAAACCCCUCGGAAGCCCCAGAGGAGGACUGGACGCCGGCAGAGGUCUUUCUCUACAGCGGGAACUACUCUGUCUUGGAGAUAGUGGAGUGCGACCGGGCGUACAGUCUCACGGGUCAGAAUGGCCCUCUGCCGCGAGGGUUCUAUGGCCCCCUCCGGCCAUCCAUGGACGCACUGGCCAACACGGCCAACUUCCUCAACAUGAUCUUCCAGGCUAGCGACCUGCGGGAGAGCAGUGUGCGAGAGGACAUGGAGUGGUACCACGCCAUGGUGCGCGCCCUUCUGGAGGCCGACCCCCUCAUCCGACAGGCCCUCCUCACCUUUGAUGCCGACCCAGCCGCCACCGCCCCCCAACUCGUGCUCCGCGCCUCCCGGAACCCCGCCCCUCCCAGGUACCAGAACAUCCUCCUCCAGGACCUCUCUAGCCAAUGGGAGAGUCUGCACCUCCCAGCCCCCGCACCCGACGACACCUGGUUCAGCAGUUUCAAGUUUCCCGCCUCCUCGAACAAGCCCACCUCGGCCCUAUCUAAAAGAGUCCUCCUCAAUGACCUCAGCACCCUGGACACGCCCAAAUGGGGGCAGGGGUGAUAGCUACGUGACCAAUCGCAGCGGGGUGCGCUGGGCCAAUGGGCCAUUCCUAGAGUGUGAGGACGGCCGCUUCCUGCCGGGUUGGCUGCUCACCCUAUCCACUUCCUUCUACGGCCUGAAGCCUGACCUCAGCCCUGAGUUCAGGUCAGUCAGGACCCUGGCUGCGUCUAAAAUGGCACUCGAUUGCUUAUAUAGUGCACUAGGUUUUGACCAGGUGGCACCCUAUUCCCUAUAUAGUACACUACUUUUGACCAGGGCUAGUUGGGCGAGGGCCCUGGUCAAAAGUAGUGUACUAUAUAGGGAAUAGGGUGCCAUUUGGACAAAGCCAUGUCUCUCUCUGUGUCUCAUACUGAUGACAUGAUUUGAGGUAGAUAGAUUUAGUACCAUCAUGAAGGCGUAUGAUGGCCCCAACCCACUACUCCUGCCCCCAGUAGGCUAUAAUUCACCUUUAGUGCCUGGCUCUAAAAAUAUCUGGCCCCAGCAGUAGAAGGGCGUAUAGUAGUAGCCAGAGAGCCACACUGGAGAUACUUUGAUAAGCAUUUGAAAUAGCAGAUAUGAUUGAAUUACCCAUUGCUGGAUACCAUCUGACAUUUGAAAGUAAGGCACUUUUAAAGGCCAAAGAAGUUUAUCUAGAGAAAAUGUCAAGCUUCAGGGGACAGAGUUGAAAUGGAUUAAAUUACAAUAGUAAUAUAUUUGUUCCCAUAAAAGGUCCUGUUGUUUAUCUUGCUAUUUGCUAUUUGUUUGUGUCCAGUUAGUUUCUGGGAUAUUCUCCUUUACUGAAAUGGAUGUUUCUCUUUGCGUGUGUGUGCGCUCUUGUGCCAGGGGUGUAAUCCGUGUGGAUGUAAACGUACAGGGCUUUGAUGUGAACCAGUGUGCCACGGGGGACGCUUGGUUUGCCAACACACACCAGUGCAACCGCACCACCAUGGAGGUAAAGUUCUCAAAACAUUUAAGCCCUGUAAUUGAACCCCAAGUUGUUGUUGAAGAGUUAUCUCGGACCAAGGCCUAGAUUCAAUCAGAUCAAGCGUUAACCGGCGAUAGCAUUGGAGCUGCCACACCCAUCCCACUCGCAUUACAGUGGGUUUUGACCAGAGGCAACGCCUCCUCUUGACAACGCUUCGCUUUGCUUGAAAUUUGUAUAAAGUAGAGCAGAGCUCAACUUUUUCUACCGCUCUGCUAGCAGGGUUCUCGCCACUCACCUUCUCACAAGCCCCCGCACAUUUCUCUGCAUGCCCUCAAUGAAAAUGAAUGGGGACACACUCAUCAACCCUAAUCGCUUAAAAUAGCUUCACUCUCUCUCCAUCUCCAUCCUUCACGUGUUACUUCAUUUCAAUAUUUAUCCUCCGUUCAUCCCUUUAUCCAUCCAUACUUGUCCUCCUCUGCACCUCCUUUACCUUCAUCCCCAGUCUAUUCUCCUUCUCUUGUUUGAUCAUCAUCUGUCCUUUCCGACACAAUCCUCUCCCUCUCACCCCCCCCCCCCCCCCUUCUAUUUAAAGAUAUAUGUGUUGGGUGGCAGAGGGAUGAUCUGCAGGAUUAAGAUGAUAAUCCAGCCAUGAACGACAUCCUUCCCCCCUAUCCCCAUGCACCCAUCGCUCAUCUGACAGACAGAAACAGAACACAGGAGCACACCCAUAUCCCAAUCUCAUCAGCAUCAUCCCCCCUCUUGUCUCAUGCUGUCCCCUCAUGGAACAUCCAGUGACAGGUCAGAGGUGGAACAAGAGAGAUUGAGUUCCAGGUAGAAUGGGAUGUUUUAUUAGAGAUUAUUUCAUUUCCUAGAAAGGGAGUUAAUUGAUUAAUGUCUAAUUGCGGGCUAAGGCCUCAAGGGGAAGAGAUAACUUGCAUGCUGAAACCAUAAAAAAAAAAAAAAAAUGUAAUACUGUAUUUAAACUAUAUGAUCUAGCUAAACUUAAAUCUCGUGAUUUGAUACCUUUAUCAGGUUUUUUCAAAAGGCAACAGAUGUCUUUCACUUUCACUUGUGUGUGUAUGUGUGUGUUACAUACAAAUUACUCACCAACUCAAUUUUAAAUCCAUAUAACAGUCAACUAAGCAAAAAUUAAAAACCACCUCUCUCAAUCAAAAUUACAUAAUGCAAUAAAAAAAUCACACAAUGGACCACAUUAGAUAGACACUCAGUAAAUAAGUCAAGCCAUAGAGCAAAUAUGCCUCUGGAGUGAGCUUGAUAUGAGGCUUUAAAGUGCAGGUCCAUGCUAUGUUUACCAACCAGCUGACUUCUCAAUGACUUGCUAUGUAUUCCAUCUCCAUCUGAGAUAAUUAAAUUGCCUUCAUGCCGGUGUUCAGUUUAAUCCAUGGCACAUACAAAUAUAUAUAAAGUAGGAACGCACACCCCGCCCACCUGAAGAGCUGUCUUUUUCAGCCAUCUAUUUCCUGAGUUUGAGGGAUGCAAAAUCCACUUGUCACUUAAAACUUGCUGCAUUGAUAGCUUUCAUUUUAAUCCUCAGACGCUUUCAUACCCUUGCUUGUGCCUGUCGUUUUUUCCCGUUAACGUUACGACCGUUUGUUAUGACCUGGCAAACACACCCUGGUAAUGGCUGUAAUGGCCUCAAUGGGAUACAUUUGCUUUCUGUUGAAUCUAUACGAACGCUAAAGCUUCGUCAGGGAUUUAAAACACCGUCUCGACACUUACAUCACAAGAAAGAGAAGAAAGAUAACCUUAUUUUGAUGGGUGUUCAUUUUUUGUGGAAUUGAAAAAAGUUAUAAUUUAAUACAGUUGAAAUGUUUACAAAUUAGAUGCGCUGAAAUGAAACCAACUUCAGAAAAUGAAGACUCGAAUUAUAGUGAUAUUAUGUUUGAGCUCGCAAACAAUGUAAAGUAUGUUUAGAUACUGUAGGUGUAGUCUAGAGCCAAGCGUGUUGCUUUUUAAUCAGAGGGUAUCCUGCUAUUGACACACUUGUUGAAUUAUGCAAGAGAACGUGACAACAACAGUAAUUAAUGAGGCAGUCUAGACAGAAAGUGGCGGCUCCUGAAAAAAUUAUCAGGGGGGGAAAUUUUUUCUGAUGAUUUAGGUGACCUACACACAUUUAAAAAAAGAUAUGUCCAGCAACAACAUUGAAGACAGGGCAGCAUAUAAGUCAAUACCAGAAGCAUUUAUUGACUGAUCUCAAAAGUGUUGGCUUACAAAAGCAAAAUAAGUUAUCACAGUAAAAAUAAUCAAGGGUGUUCUUUCACAUUCCUCAACACUGCAUAAACAAUAGCAUUUCCAUAAAAAACCUCAUCUAAUUGUGCCACAAAGUUGAAAAAGUCCAAGAAAAAUACCAGGGUUGGUGGAGCCUCAGUUUCAUCUUUGCCUCGCAAAGCUAACUCAAACACUCCGCAAAAACUUCACACACUGGAUUAGCCGGCUGAGGAUGUGGCGGUUCUUGCUAACCUCAUCGUUGUGGCGCGGAAAAGCUAGCCUGUAUCCCUCAUCCAGUUGAGUGGCAAUGUUCACUCUCCCCAAAGCAGACAAUCUCAAACAGCUAUCCAUGUGGGUCUUUGACAGCUCAUGUUUCUUAAUCUUUUCUGAAAGAUGGUGCAUGUCCGUUACACCAGUCGCUGUCCAAGCGGUGCUGUCUGCCGUGCCGCCUUCAGGGUGAAAGAGUAAGCAGGGGUAGCAGAAGACUGCAUUAGCUACAUCGCAGCCUGCUAGCCAGGUUUUUCGUUCGUACCAAUUUUUGGAAAAUCCUCGGGUGUAGGACUUUCCCCCUUUAGUAGAAACCUGUUGAAUUAUUAAAUUUGGUCUGGGAGGUCCUAAUUGUUUCGUUGCCAAUUUAUCUUGAUUUGUUCGCCGACAAAAAGGAACUUCUUUCAAAGAGACAAUCGAGUUGCACUGAACGCUAGCCAUCUUGACAGUAGUACGUGAAUUGAUUGACGCUGCUACCCGCUCUUUUCUUAGUUACGUUCAUGGGUAUGUUACGUAUGACGAAAGCGCGUAAGUGCAAGCCCUGCAGGUAGGGUAGACAGAGCAAGUGUCUGGUGGUUGCGGCCCUGUACCUUCCUUUGUGUUAAUUUAUCCAUAUAUGCAAAUACAUCUGGUGUAUUUAUGCAAAUUAGGUACAUCUAAUUUAAAUGUAUAUAUGAGUGCAUUCUAAGAAAAAAUAAGGGACAUUUUACAAUAAAUGGAAUACCUGAAUUCCCAACAAAAUCCCUGAACAUUAUUUGUCCAUGCCAGUAAAAUGUUUUAUGUGCUAUAAUUCAGUCAAUAUCUCACGAGUUAUAAAAAUUAAAAAAGUUUGGAGUAUCUUCAUCCAUUUUCCAACUGUUGCAUUUAUUAGAAUAGUUUUUAAAACCUUUUAACAAUUCCGAUGACCGUUGCUACUUUAAGCAAGCCAUUAGGUCUGUCACUACCUGAUGUGGGGGUGCACAUGUACUUGAGUGUGGGCGUGUGUGUUACAUGCAUGCAUGUGUGUGUGUUUGUGUGUGUGUGUCUGCCUACGUGCUUGUGUGUGUGUGUGUGUGUGUGUGUGUGUGUGUGUGUGUGUGUGUGUGUGUGUGUGUGUGUGUGUGUGUAUGCGUGCAUGUGCAUAUGGGAUUUCACUGGUAGAAAAGGGAUAAUGCUCUUGGUAGCGAGGCAUUACAUAUCCAUUUAGGUUUUAACUUAGAUUAACAUGGAGGCGAGAGGCGAGAGUCCAAAUGGGUGUUUCCUUGACUGAGUGCUGCUGUGCUGGGAACCAUCAUGGUGGAGAAACUAACACCAGGCUGGCUGAGAGAACAUGUGGAACACACUUCAUCUCCAUUAACUCAGGAACGGCCAAGCAUGUCAGUCCAAACAGGCAUAGGCUAUACAGUCACCUAACUGUAACAAGAGAACAUUGGUUUUUCGGCCAUUUUCACCCAGAAAUGCUGAUAUUACAGCAGCAGCAGAGAUGAUGCCUUGUUUGCAUUGGUUUUUCUGACGUCCACAGCUGUUCACAGCUAGAAACAUUGCAAUGGAUGCAGACAUGCCAACGAAAAAGUAUUGCUUGCAUUUAAUGAAAUAGUUGUUUAUUCCUCUAGGAGCUCCACCUUCAGGUGUGGAGGGGGGCUAUUGCAAUAAUGAUAAAGUCCUCCUAAACUCGUCCCCUCAAGGACCCUAUUCAUCCUUGGUAAUCAUGUGCGUGGACUCCGUCUAGCCAAUCAGGUUCCAGCCAAUCAGGGACAUUGAUUGAUCAAAGCCCAAACUACUAGCCUCAGGGGGAUAUUUACACCCCUGUCCUUGUACUGUGAUGUGAACUCUAAUCCCCACUGCUUUUACUACCCUCCAGUGUGAGCCAAUCACAGGCCAGGGAUUCAGAUUGGGCCAGUACUGCUGUCGAUGCAAAGAGGGAUACUACAGCCCCCCAAUGGACGGUAAAGAAGACAUACAGUCUGCUUCCCAAAUGGCACCCUAUUCCCUUUAUAGUCUGCUUCCCAAAUGGCACCCUAUUCCCUUUAUAGUGCACUACUUUUUACCAAGGACCACUGGGUAGUGCACCAUGUAGGGAAUAUGGUGCCAUUUGGGAAGCAUCCAGAUAAUCAAAAUUUCUAUUCAAUGUUUGUCAAAGAACUUUACUUGAUAUAAGACCCUGGUCAAGAUGAUGUAAUCGUUUGACUUGUUUGCCAAAAACAGCUUUAAGACAAUACUUAAAGAUUUAUUGUCGUCACUGUCCAGCUGUCUCUGUUUCUGUCCCCGGUGUGUGCGUGCCCGUGCGUGUCUAAUACAGAAGGUGGUGCUCUGAACGGCAGCGGUGGCGACGGGGGUGGCGUGUGUUACCCGGCCCUGCCUAUCUGUCUCCCCUGUUGGCCGGGCUGCAGGCGCUGCGAGGACGGUGCCCCCUGUUGGGUAGAGGAGGACUGGUUCCUCAGAGCCGGGGUGCUGGCCGUCCAGGGCUUCUUCAUGCUGCUGGUGUUCAUCAUAAUGCUGGUAGCCUACCAGUUCAGACGCAGCAGGGUGAGUAAGUUCUAGUGAGUGAGAAGGUCAUAUUCAUUAGGGUACACUGUAGUAAAACGUAUUGCAACGUUAAAUGAAAAUGAGUGCUUCUUGUUGGACAAGUUCAGGUAGUCCCUCCCUGUUGCAGUCUGUUUUCUUCCAUGUGGUGCCUAAUGAAUACACCUCUGGAGUAGCUCCUCUAACGGUUAAGGUUAAUGGUAGAGCAAUACGAUCCUAGAUCUGUGGUUAGAGACAACUUCAACCACAAGUUGUCACUAGUCUUCAAGUUUAAAAGUUUAUUCGCAGUGCUACCUUAGUCUGUCAUUAGAAGGAAAUGUAUAUCAAGCUCUGUUAAAAGUAACAAUGAAGUUGUUCCCUCAUUCUUUUGAAACACAUUAUUUUGUCAGUGCUAGAAUAUUGCUUCCUUGUAUAUAGCAUAAUCUGAAACUCUGCUCUGUGGCUCUAUCAUAGCUAAUCUAGUCAUCUUGACAUCUUCUGUCAUUACUCAUCAUAGUCGUUGUCACAUAAGAAAUGUGGAAAUACUUAACUCUGGGCUCUGAGCCCAAAUUUAAAAAGUGUCUCAAAGUAGGAGUGCUGAUCUAGGAUCAGGUCCUCCCUGUCCACAUUAUAUUAUUCACUAUGAUCUAUUAGGCAAAACUGAUCCUAUAUCAGCACUACUCUAAGACUCCUUCUGAAUAUGAGCCCUGAGUGUUAACAUGAAUUGAAUAUCUUAAGCCAUGUUCUAUGUAACACCUUGUGAAUUAAUACAUUUAUCCAAUAUCAGAUGUACAGUGGGGGAAAAAAAGUAUUUAGUCAGCCACCAAUUGUGCAAGUUCUCCCACUUAAAAAGAUGAGAGAGGCCUGGAAUUUUCAUCAUAGGUACACGUUAACUAUGACAGACAAAAUGAGAAUUUUUUUCUCCAGAAAAUCACAUUGUAGGAUUUUUAAUGAAUUUAUUUGCAAAUUAUGGUGGAAAAUAAGUAUUUGGUCAAUAACAAAAGUUUCUCAAUACUUUGUUAUAUACCCUUUGUUGGCAAUGACACAGGUCAAACGUUUUCUGUAAGUCUUCACAAGGUUUUCACACACUGUUGCUGGUAUUUUGGCCCAUUCCUCCAUGCAGAUCUCCUCUAGAGCAGUGAUGUUUUGGGGCUGUCACUGGGCAACACAGACUUUCAACUCCCUCCAAAGAUUUUCUAUGGGGUUGAGAUCUGGAGACUGGCUAGGCCACUCCAGGACCUUGAAAUGCUUCUUACGAAGCCACUCCUUCAUUGCCCGGAGGUGUGUUUGGGAUCAUUGUCAUGCUGAAAGACCCAGCCACGUUUCAUCUUCAAUGUCCUUGCUGAUGGAAGGAGGUUUUCACUCAAAAUCUCACGAUACAUGGCCCCAUUCAUUCUUUCCUUUACACGGAUCAGUCGUCCUGGUCCCUUUGCAGAAAAACAGCCCCAAAGCAUGAUGUUUCCACCCCCAUGCUUCACAGUAGGUAUGGUGUUCUUUGGAUGCAACUCAGCAUUCUUUGUCCUCCAAACACGACGAGUUGAGUUUUUACCAAAAAGUUAUAUUUUGGUUUCAUCUGACCAUAUGACAUUCUCCCAAUCCUCUUCUGGAUCAUCCAAAUGCACUCUAGCAAACUUCAGACGGGCCUGGACAUGUACUGGCUUAAGCAGGGGGACACGUCUAGCACUGCAGGAUUUGAGUCCCUGGCGGCGUAGUGUGUUACUGAUGGUAGGCUUUGUUACUUUGGUCCCAGCUCUCUGCAGGUCAUUCACUAGGUCCCCCCGUGUGGUUCUGGGAUUUUUGCUCACCGUUCUUGUGAUCAUUUUGACCCCACGGGGUGAGAUCUUGCGUGGAGCCCCAGAUCGAGGGAGAUUAUCAGUGGUCUUGUAUGUCUUCCAUUUCCUAAUAAUUGCUCCCACAGUUGAUUUCUUCAAACCAAGCUGCUUACCAAUUGCAUAUUCAGUCUUCCCAGCCUGGUGCAGGUCUACCAUUUUGUUUCUGGUGUCCUUUGACAGCUCUUUGGUCUUGGCCAUAGUGGAGUUUGGAGUGUGACUGUUUGAGGUUGUGGACAGGUGUCUUUUAUACUGAUAACAAGUUCAAACAGGUGCCAUUAAUACAGGUAACGAGUGGAGGAGAGAGGAGCCUCUUAAAGAAGAAGUUACAGGUCUGUGAGAGCCAGAAAUCUUGCUUGUUUGUAGGUGACCAAAUACUUAUUUUCCACCAUAAUUUGCAAAUAAAUUCAUAAAAAAUCCUACAAUGUGAUUUUUUGGAAUUUUUUUUUCUCAAUUUGUCUGUCAUAGUUGACGUGUACCUAUGAUGAAAAUUACAGGCGUCUCUCAUCUUUUUAAGUGGGAGAACUUGCACAAUUGGUGGCUGACUAAAUACUUGUUUCCCCCACUGUAUGCAUAAAGUAUGGCCAACAUACAGGUAACUGCCAAAAUAAAGGAAACCUGCAUACAUCAACACAUCUAGAGUUAAAUGGUUAAACAUGGAGCAGCGGUGGUCCACAGAGACAUCGGAAAUCAAAGCACUGUGAGAUAAGCACAUCAUACUGAACCAAUCUUUCUCCUCAAUUCCUCUCACUCCCCCUCCCCUCACUUUCCAUCACCCCUUCCACUUCUCUCUCCCUCAUCCACCCCUUCCCUCUCUCCGCCUCAUCAACCUCAUCCUUCUCUCCAUCAACCUCUACCUUCCCUCUUCUCUGCCCUCCCUCACCCCUUCCCUCUCCUACAUCCUUCCCCCCCAUCUCUCCCCUUCACCUUCCCUCUCUCCCGCAUCCAUCCCUCCAUCCCGCCUCUCCCCCCUUGUCUCUGUCUAUCUCACCUCCCCCUAUAGAGGAUCCGGGCAUCGGGUCUCCUGCUGUUGGAGACCAUCCUGUUUGGCUCUCUGCUCCUGUACUUCCCGGUGAGUGAGAGAGUAUAUGAGUGAGUGAGUGUGGAGAUAAGAGCGCUCUUUUCAGAUCAUUGCGUUGGGCUGGGGAUUAUAUCGUAAUGGACAAUUUAGAUUGGUGGUGGGGAGGAAGGUGAUGGUUGCGUCCCAAAUGGCACCCCUAUGGACCCUGGUCAAAAGUAGUGCACUAUAUAGGGAAUAGGGUGCCAUUUGGGACGCAACGAUGUGUUCGUUGCAUAACUCGGCCUUACUCAAUGGCUGCCGAUAGAUUAUCGAUCACUUGUGUGAUUCAUUAUCUCAAUUAAGUAGUUGUUGCACAACUCACUCAUACAUGUAUCUAUUGACCCUGAACCAUUGAUCAAAGUAUCCCGUUCAAGCCAAUGGUAAGUGAUGGGGGCAUGCAGUGCCCUUGUAGAUCAUUGAUCAUAUAACUUCGCUCGCUAGAACACAAGGUUGAGUAACAUAUGUGCGAUAUAUACACAUAUAAUGUGUUCCCUUGCUCAGUUCAAAAUGGUGGAGCUUUGCUCUAUUCCAACUUUACUACAGUAUCACAGAUGCACUAAAGAAACACCUAUGGGGGAUUCAGACGCUAAAAGGCCGAUACAAAGGUGAAAUUCCUUUCAGUCUGCUGCAUCCCCUACUGUAACUUUGGAGCGUUGGCCCAGACGAAAGGGCAACAGAGGGACAGACUCUCUCAUCUCUGUAGGGCAUCACCUUGGGUGGUGACACUCGCCCUCUUUAGCCCUCCAGCCAUUUGAUCUACUGGUGCUGUGGUCACCAACAUAGAGCACACAUACAAUUCCACUCAUGUACACAAACAGUCCUGUACACUGCAUUUCUGUAUACAUUCUGUACAGUUGUAUACAGUUGUGAUUACUAAGUGCAUACUGUGUGUCUCCUCUGAGGUAGGUAGAAAUGUUCUAUUUGAACAAUAAAUUAUGGUUCUGUACUAUUUGAUUCCACAAAGCCUGUUACCUAUUGUAUCCACAAAGACAAGGUAAGCUAAACUCAUCGGGAGUGAUUCUGUGUGAUAGAUCAUCUGCUAAUGCCUCUGUCUGUCUCCCCCCUCAGGUUUUCAUCAUGUACUUCAAGCCCAGCACCUUCCGGUGCAUCCUGCUUCGCUGGGUGCGACUUCUGGGCUUUGUCAUCGUCUAUGGAACGGUAACACUGAAGAUAUAUAGGUCUGUACUACUGCACUCUCUCACUAUUGCAUUUCUUGUAUCGUCAGUAUCACUGCAUGUGUAUCCCCUCGUUAUAGUCAGGUAGAACAAUAUGUUGUGAGGUCUCUCUCUGAACUCAGAUCAGUUUGUAUGCUGUAAUGUAAUUCAAAAUGUGUCUGUAUAUGUUUCUCUCUGAGGAAUGAGUAACAUCAAGUCAACUUCCCACACAUGAAGGGUUCUCAAGGUGUUCCUGUCACGCACAGCCCAGAGAGUGCCCUACAUGUCCAGCAUACACCUGCUGAGGAUGCUGGGAGUCAUGGUUGUGACUGUCAGCUGGUUCCUGUGUGCGUGGACCGCGGGCGUUCUACAGAACCGUGACCGGAACGUUCCGUUAAUGAUCAUAUCGACCACAUCGGAUGGUCAGGGCUUCAGCCUCUGUGACCUGGACCGCUGGGACUACAUGAUGGCCGUGGGUGAGUGGAUAAUUGAAAAAGAGGGUUGUUUGAUCGUGUUUUCCAGGUGAACAGAGAAAAAAAUCUAUAUUGAAAAACGAAACUCCAGCACACAGGCAUUCUUGUGUAGAGCUAUUGACCAAAACCAAAAAUCUAGUGAAUGCUACUGUUAUCGAUUCUGCUUUUUCUGUUUGGUUUCAAAUAAAUAACACAGAGCUACAAACCACAUUCCUGAUUGAGGUCAGAGGUCAAAUCAAUUUACAAACAUGAUUUUGAGCUCAAAAACCCAGACAAAACAACACAUUAUUGAACUCUGCCUGACACUACUUGUGUAUGAGAAGAGUAUAAACGUUAUGUCUGUCUCUUUGACUGUCUCAGCCGAGCUGCUGUUUCUGUGCUGGGGCAGUUUCCUGUGCAGUGCUGUGAAGCCAGUGCCCUCAGCCUUCCACGAGCCUCGCUACAUAGGUAUCGCCAUACACAACGAGCUGCUGCUCUCCUCCAUGUUCCACCUGCUACGGUAACCAGCGUACAUGAUACUCGGCUCUAAACAGAGGCAGUACACCGGGAUAAAGCUAUUGAUUUAUAGUAUAUAGGCCUACACUAGAUGACUGACAGGGGCCGCUGUUUUGAAGCCACCGCACCUCCAUCUUGGCACUCCCCCACCAUUGUGGAAAAUAUUCUUUAAGCUGUAGCAAUGCAUUUAUUACUGUCUACAUGUUUUUUAUACAAUAAGUUCAUUUUAUUACAGACACAAUGCAUACUUAAAAUUAUAUUGUGAGCUAAACAUAAGAAAUAAAAAUAGCAUGUUUCUUAAAGUAUAAUUAUUUGAAGUUCUGUUACUGUGCCCAGUACAAAAAAAAAAACUAAAUUAAUGUAAUUUUGUCCUUGAAACAUUUAAUUCCUAUGGAGGACUGCUUCUUCUGGGGAGUGUCAAUAUGGCCGACCGGUGGCUUCAAAGCCUCUCAUUGGCCAAUACAUAGCAUCAGCAAUCCAGGGUUUAUAUACAGUGGCUUGCGAAAGUAUUCACCCCCCUUGGCAUUUUUCCUAUUUUGUUGCCUUACAACCUAGAAUUAAAAAUUGAUUUUUGGGGGGUUUGUAUCAUUUGAUUUACACAACAUGCUUACCACUUUGAAGAUGCAAAAUAUUUUUUCUUGUGAAACAAACAAGAAGUAAGACAAAAAAACAGAAAACUUGAGCGUGCAUAACUAUUCACCCCCCUAAAGUCAAUACUUUGUAGAGCCACCUUUUGCAGCAAUUACAGCUGCAAGUCUCUUGGGGUAUGUCUCUAUAAGCUUGGCACAUCUAGCCACUGGGAUUUUUGCCCAUUCUUCAAGGCAAAACUGCUCCAGCUCCUUCAAGUUGGAUGGGUUCCGCUGGUGUACAGCAAUUUUAAGUCUUACCACAGAUUCUCAAUUGGAUUGAGGUCUGGGCUUUGAUUAGGCCAUUCUAAGACAUUUAAAUGUUUCUCCUUAAACCACUCAAGUGUUGCUUUAGCAGUAUGCUUAGGGUCAUUGUCCUGCUGGAGGGUGAACCUCCGUCCCAGUCUCAAAUCUCUGGAAGACUGAAACAGGUUUCCCUCAAGAAUUUCCCUGUAUUUAGCGCCAUCCAUCAUUCCUUCAAUUCUGACCAGUUUCCCAGUCCCUGCCGAUGAAAAACAUCCCCACAUCAUGAUGCUGCCACCACCAUGCUUCAUUGUGGGGAUGGUGUUCUCUGGUUGAUGAGAGUUGUUGGGUUUGCGCCAGACAUAGCGUUUUCCUUGAUGGCCAAAAAGCUAAAUUUUAGUCUCAUCUGACCAGAGUACCUUUUUCCAUAUGUUUGGGGAGUCUCCCACAUGCCUUUUGGCAAACACCAAAUGUGUUUGCUUAUUUUCUCUUUAAGCAAUGGCUUUUUUCUGGCCACUCUUCCGUAAAACCCAGCUCUGUGGAGUGUACGGCUUAAAGUGAACCUAUGGACAGAUACUCCAAUCUCCGCUGUGGAGCUUUGCAGCUCCUUCAGGGUUAUCUUUGGUCUCUUUGUUGCCUCUCUGAUUAAUGCCCUCCUUGCUUGGUCUGUGAGUUUUGGUGGGCGGCCCGUUUUGGUGGGCGGCCCUCUCUUGGCAGGUUGGUUGUGGUGCCAUAUUCUUUCCAUUGUUUAAUAAUGGAUUUAAUGGUGCUCUGUGGGAUGUUCAACGUUUUGGAUAUUUUUUUAUAACCUAACCCUGAUCUGUACUUCUCCACAACUUUGUCCCUGACCUGUUUGGAGAGCUCCUUGGUCUUCAUGGUGCCGCUAGCUUGGUGGUGCCCCUUGCUUAGUGGUGUUGCAGACUCUGGGGCCUUUCAGAACAGGUUUAUUUAUACUGAGAUUAUGUGACCGAUCAUGUGACACUUAAAUUGCACACAGGUGGACUUUAUUUAACUAAUUAUGUGACUUCUGAAGGUAAGUGGUUGCACCAGAUCUUAUUUAGGGGCUUCAUAGCAAAGGGGGUGAAUACAUAUGCACGCACCACUUUUCCGUUAUUUAUUUUUUAUACUUUUUUUCAUUUCACUUCACCAAUUCGGACUAUUUUGUGUAUGUCCAUUACAGGAAAUCCAAAUAAGAAUCCAUUUAAAUUACAGGUUGUAAUGCAACAAAAUAGGAAAAACGCCAAGGGGGGAUGAAUACUUUUGCAAGGCACUGUACAUCAUUGGAUAAAACAUGCAUAUUCACCAGGAAAAACGCAUAUUGUAUAGGGACAUAUAACAUGUCUUUCUGUUCUAUAUUUUCCUUAGGUUUGUCAUGCCCUCUCUGCAUCCUGAUUGGAUGCUGUUGCUGUUCUUCACCCACACGCAUGUCACUAUCACUGUGACACUUGCCCUGCUCUUCAUACCCAAGGUACAUGGCAAUUUUCUUCCACAAUCAAUGCAAGUAUAAAUCUGUCUCUGACACAUAACUACUCUGUGUGUGUGUGUUCUGUAGUUCCUCCAUGUGUCGAGGGCAGGGAGAGAGGAGAUUGCAAAGGAGGUGUAUGAGGAUGAGGUGGACUUGCGGCGAUCCGGCUCGUACCUCAACAGCAGUUUUACCUCAGCAGUUUGGAGUGACCACAGCUUGGACCCCGAUGACAUUCGGGUAAACUCCCUUUCUGCCCUGGACCCUUACUAAGUGACCAUUUGUAUUCAGGCACUGUCUAGGCCAAGAGGGGGAGAAAUUAUUAAAUCGAAUUUAAACUUUAGUAAAAUAAAACAAUUAUAAACAUCGAAUUACUGCUAUAACCAUUUGUAGGAUCACUUUAAACUAAUUUAAAACCAACUCUAAUUUUCAUUAUAAAACGUAGACAUAAAAAACCCUGUGUGUAUUUCACAAUAUGUGGCCUGGCAUAGACCUGACCUGUGUUUUCUCCUCCGCCUGACCGUUCUCUUCUCCCUAAACUUGCUCUCCUUGUCCUUAACAAUAACUCUUCCCCAACUAACUGUUCCCUGUGGUUUUUCCUCUGCUCACAUACCAAUACCCUCCCUAAUUCCCUUUAUCCUUCCUUCUCUCUUCCUUUUUACCUGCACCAGGAAGAGCUGAAGAAAUUGUAUGGUCAAUUGGAGGUCCACAAGACCAAGAAGAUGACAGCAAACAACCCCCACCUGCAGAAGAAGCGCAGCUCUCGGCGCGGGCUGGGCCGGUCCUUCAUAAAGCGUAUCACUGAGAUCCCAGAGUCCAUGAGCCGACAGUGCAGCCGUGAGGGCAAAGAGGUCAACCUGGGCAGCAGGGAUGUUACGCACUCUGAGUCCUGUAAGAGAGCGCCAGAUACUUUUAACGUAAAUUACAAAGAUGAACCAGUAAAGCAGCCUUCACCAGUGCUGCGUAAAUCUCAAAGUGACUAUGACUAUGUAACAGAUAAGGACCCCUCCUUGCACGACUCCAUGUUAAGGGCGAAUCUAGCUAAGAGGUGCUCACAGCGCUCUGAGACAGACUCGCUGUAUAUCGCACCAUUGGUCUGUAAGUCGGCCAGUGCCCAAAACCUUACAGUCAAUAACAAUCUCCUGCUUCCUGGACCUACCAAGCUACACAAGUCACUGAGUUUAGCGUCCAGUAAAGCCCACAGUCUGGAAGACACCUCCCGGGUAGGCAGAGAUACCCCAGGCGAGCAAGGGCAGUCCCAACAGGAUGUUGCUAUCAAGGAUCAGACCUCAAGUGCCCUUGUGCAAUCCCAGUCCUAUGACAAGGCCGAAGUGUGUCCCUGGGAGCUGGAGGAGGAACGCCCUGCCAACAAGAACCAGCCACACGUUACCUUUGCUCCCUCUGAGGAAGAACCACAGAGUCCAGAGAGUUUAUUAUCACCAAUACUGAAACAUAUUUGCCCCUGGGACCAUAUACCAGUUCCUACCCCAGCAGAAAGUCCUGCUGGGGAUUCACAAGGGGGAGAGGCAGAAUGCGAGUCCCUGAGACCCCAGGCUCCCAUCUCCGCUAGUGUACCUGGGUCCAUAAAGGCCGCAAAGGACAUGCGGGCCUUCUCCUUCCGCACUUCCACCCAGAAAUGGCUCUCUGUGAAAUCUUUUGUAGGAUCUGUGGAUGCAAGCAUCAAGGAAAAAGCCAAAAAGGAGACAGCAGCAGAUACGGUAAAGAAACAGGACUCAAUUUCACAAAAAAGCCAGGGGAGUGUAGCCGCCAUCGCUGUCGUCGCAGCAUUAAAAUUAAAAACUCCAAGCAUUUCAAGCGCAAAAACGAAAUCACCAAGUGUUUCAAAUUUGGAGAAGAAAUAUAGUGUUUCAAGCGUAGACAAGAGGACACAGCAGAAAAGAAGUAUGACAACAGUAGGUGUGAAACCUGCCCUCGUGAAACAGGCUGCAAUCAGGGUGUCCUCAAGUGAUUCCUCUGAAAGAAGUCCUAGGAGAAUAGUGGUUGUACAGUCCACUGUCUAUCCCUGGGACUCAGAGGACAUGCAAAAGGACAGUAUGUAUGAAAAUGUGUUCAUCUCAAGGGAAAACAGUGCACAUAACACAGCUAAGACUCCUUCCACUCACAGAAGAGGUAGCCAAAUUAGGCCUGCUUUGAGUGUUGACCAAUCAGAUAUUUGCCCAAGGGAUGUUCCUGCUUCCUCCAUGCAGGCCCCACAGAGACAACAGAGCACCAUAGCAGACAUCUGCCCAUGGGAGGUGGAGGAACCAGAGGAGGAUCCAAAGGCGCCUGCAUGUGUCAGUGUAUGUCCUUGGGAAUCAGAAGAAGUAUUGGAAGAAGUAAUGAAAAGAAAGGAGAGUGUCCGGGGAGAUGUAUGCCCUUGGGAAGCUGAUGUUUCUGCCAACCCAAUUACCUCAGCGUCCAACCAGUCUGAGAAGAAACCAGAGGGUCGAAACAAGAAACCAACAGAUGUAUGUCCUUGGGAAACCGAUGAAACCCCACAGACUUCUCACGGCCUGAAACCCCAAGAGAGUGUACGGGUUGAUGUCUGCCCUUGGGAUGUGGGGGAUUCCUUCCCUGAAAAAGUAAAGGUAGCGAUUAUUUAUGAAAAUGUUAAUCCACAGGAGGACAAGGGAUUGCGUAAGGCGCCAGCAAAACGUCAGGAGACAAUACAUGCCAAAGUCUGUCCAUGGGAAUCUGAAGAAACCCCAACAUCCCAAGACGGUGUACGGGAGAAUGUCUGUCCUUGGGAAUCAAUGGACACGCCAAGCAUUGGGAAACAAGAUGUACAAACAAAAAGCACAGAGCAAGCUAAAUCUGCCCCUGAAAAACUAAGUGUCCCCUUAGCGAAAGCAUGUCCAUGGGAAUUCCCUGACCCACCGAAAGACUUGACAGUACUUUGUCCUUGGGAAGAGGAGGAGAGUCCAACACCACCCAUAACCAUAAAUAUCACCAAAGGAUCAUUUUCCCAGGAGACCACAGUCGCAAAAACAGACAUUUGUCCAUGGGACAUUGGAGACCAAGAAAAGACAGAAGGAAAAGACGGCCCUUGUACAAAUGUUUGUCAAGGCAGCACUCAAGCUGAUCCAAAAAAGACUGACAGCGUUCAAGUAAAUAUUUGUCCUUGGGAGACUGAGAAACCAGAAAAUACAGAGCAGCAAGACAUCACUCUGCCUAUUGUCUCCAUAGAAACAGGAAAGACUAAAAGACAAGACAGUGUUCUGGAAGAUGUUUGUCCUUGGGAAGCUGGGGCAACUGAUGAGCCAGACAAGACAAAAAGACGAGAUGGCACUCGACCAGACGUUUGUCCAUGGGAAACUGAGGAGCCAAAAAAGACAGAGGAGAAAGAUGAUGUUUGUCCUUGGGAAACUGGAGAGACUGACAAGACAAAUCGACAAGACAGUACUAAAGCAGAUAUCUCCAAGGAAACACAUAAAGAGAAAAGACGAGACAGUGUUCAAGUUAAUAUUUGUCCUUGGGAAACUGAUGCCCCCAAAGAACCAGAAAAGAUGAAAAAGCAAGACAGUGUUCAGGCAGAUGUUUGUGUAUGGGAAACUGGUCCAGCUGAAAAGUCAGAAAAGACUAAAAGGCAGGACAGCACCAAGGCAGACAUUUGUCCAUGGGAGACCAGGGAUCCUAUAGAACCAGAGAAGAUAAAAAAGCAAGAAAGUGUUCGAGCAGACAUUUGCCCAUGGGAAACUGAUGAACCAGAAAAGUCUGCAGAGAAAGAGGAAACUAUCCUUGCCAGUGGCAGAGAGGACGUCACAGAGACCCAGGGUGCACUCUCUAUGGAAGAGGGUGACGCUGAAGAACCUGCAGCCGGCAGCACGCAGGCGGCAGAGGCGGCCAAAGCUAACAUGCCCCUGGCUCGGCGUGAUGCUAUGUGCCCUUGGGAGAUGGAAGGGAACCAAACCACCCGCCUCCCCCUCAUCCAUCACAGAACACGACAAUAA